AACGCUUUGGGGGUGUUUUUGGUGAGUACAUAACUAUAUAACAAGGUUAAAACAUACAAAAAGUGAAUUUUGCAUGAUACAGCCCCUUCAAAGCUUCACUACGUGACAUUUACAUGGGAUCUCUGUUGUUAAGGCGACUCUCUUUGGUUUAAAUAUUUCCCAGACUGUCUUGUUCUGCACACUGGCUGCUGUGGCCUUGUUUUUGUUCUGGCUGCUGAUUGCUGAUUUGUUUCACCUGUGGUGUGGAGGUGGCGUUCACUGCCCAGACUAGGAGCUGCUUUAUUUAAGGGGACUGGAGACGUCACUUCCACGCCAGGCCAUAACCGUGAGACCAGCAUUUCGGCUCUCGGUGUUAUGAACCGCUGUCUGACUCUGUGUCCCUCCGUCUUCAGUCUGUUGAUCUUGACCUGUGCAGCCAGCAGAGUCUCCACUUGCUCUGCAUCCCAGCCCCAGUCAUCCACCUGCCGACACUCCAACCAAGACGUCUGCUCCGUAUCUGUAACACUUUGUAAAGGAUCUAUGCAACUGUCUACACCUCAGAUUAAGUUUGAUUUUUCUAAGACUUUAUUAUUUUCAUUAAAACCUUGAAACCUUAUUUUGAACUUAGUCAUUCUGCGAUCUGUGUGCCUUCUGCAGCUGAGCCUGUGGGCACGUCAUUGGAACAUCACUCAACUUGGACAAUGACUUUGGAUGGAUUUUCAUUGAAUCCCAGUGUAAACUGACCUCUCUCUGCACCCAGCUGAGUGACUAAUAGUAUAAGUCACCACAAUCCCUCAGGUAUUAAACUCUUUGGGUGUGUCCUCCAUUGACCUCAGGUUUCUCUGUAGGUGGUUUCUAUGUUAAUGGCCAAUAAUGUGACUCCCGACACUGUUGUGUUCUUUAAAGUCCGAAUUAAGCAAAAUCAGCCAUUUUCUUCUAAACACCUUAAAUAAGUCAUAAAUGUAUUUCUUUACAACACAUAAAAGGCAUUUCUCCAUUUAUGAUUUAAUUUUGGAGGUAUGUUCCAAUUCGGAGGGGUUUACUUUCGGCCCUACCCAAAACAAUGUGCAGCACAUUGUUUUGCAUUUACCUGUAUUUGUGUUAUAUAUAUACACAUAUAUACAUAUAUAUGUGUGUGUGUGUGUGUGUGUGUGUGUGUGUGUGUGUGUGUGUGUGUAUGUAUGUAUGUAUGUAUGGCCUCAAGAUACUUUUACUGUAUGUAUGUAUCGCUAUAUAUAUAUAUAUAAUGUUUUGCAUGUAGUUAUUGCAGUUGUCUUAUUGCAAGUGAAGCUGAUGUGUAGAGUUGUUUUUCUGUCGGCAUAUGUGAACAGCCACUAUAGGGGGGCCUAUGAACUCUCGGUAGUGCUGAACACACCUCUUAUGAAAGCCAGAGGCUUUAAUUGAGUUUACCUAUCUUCCAAUUAAGAAGACACCUCUGAAGAUCACCACUUCUGGCACCUUAGAGGAGAAGUGCAGCCAAACACGGUUAAGAUUGGCCUGAACUUUGCCUGGAUGAGUAAAAAUCACAUGAGGAAAGAGGAUUAUCCUAUUUGCAGCUUAACUCGCCCUUGGACGCUCACUGAGAGGCAGUUGUGUAAAGUUCUCUGGACUGAGAGGACCGUGCGAGCACCGAGGACCAAACAGACGUCCUUUCAUCCAGGCAGACACAUUUACUUCAUCCAGGCGAUCAUGGGGCAAGAGGGAAGCCGCAGCGAGGAGAUGGACCUGGCUCAGAUUCAGGAGCUGUGCAUCCUGUUCAUGAAGGAGUGUCCCAGCGGGGCGCUUCACCUGCACGAGUUCAAGAGGAUCUUCGGCGUCCCGAGCAACUCCUCGGAGGAGUGCCUCUACAUCGAGACCAUCUUCAGCUCCUUCGACACCAACAGGGACAACACACUGGACUUUCUGGAGUAUGUGGCAGCACUUCAUUUGAUCUUACGUGGAAACCUUGAAGAUCGACUGAAAUGGUCUUUCAAGAUGUACGACAAAGAUGGAAAUGGAAAACUGGACAGAGGCGAGGUGAAAAGGCUCAUCAGGAUCAUCCAUAAAAUCAAGCUCCAGACGGCGGACCUCAACAUGACUCCCACAGAGAUCUGCGAUCGGAUCUUUGAGCUGGUCGACCAAAACAACGAUGGUCAGAUCACGCUGUCGGAGUUCAUGGAAGGUGCUCAAAAGGACGAAUGGGUCAUGAACAUGCUGAAGCUUGAUGUCAACGCUUCCGGCUGGGUCGUCGAGAACUGCGGGAGGUUCCCGUGACCCCCUGAUUGUUAGGGGGUUUGUUUGUUUUCAUUUUAAGGCUGAUGAAGAAGUGAAGAGUCUUCAUAUUUUUGGCUUUAAAGAGGUUUGCCUGCCUCUCUUGAUGCGGAUCCUCCUGUGACUUGGAGCCGGAGUGCAGUGCAUCUCGUUCAUGGCUGCCCUGAUUUUGACAGCAGGCCCAGAGGUUGGGGUGUCUGUGGUCUGAGUUCAGCAGCUUGUACAGUUAGUCACUACAUAUUCAGCACGUCAUUUUUGUAAAUUUUGUAAACACUAAAAUAUUCCUGUGGCAAAUAGUUAUUCUAUUCAGUCAUCAAAUAUAUAUACUCUGUCAAUAAAAUACAAUCAAGUAUGAAUUUAUAUCAUCAGUUCAGUCUUUAAGUGUAUAUCCUUUUGAAGGGUCAAAGACUACUGUUUGGUAAGAUGUUGAGUUUAUAUAAAGAAAAAAACUUGUCAAAACUAUUAACUCGUUAAAUUAUUUGUGGUUUUGAAUUAAAAAUCAGACUUUACUAUUGCUGCGGUUAAUAGCGUUUUGACCACAGAUAAAGUGUUUCAUGUAUUUACUCACAAAAUUUUUGAUUGAAUAUUUAUGGUGGACUAGAAUUUACCCAAUUUUAUUUACAUUACUCAUAUCCACAGAAUGACAUAUUUUCUCUAUUUUUGCAAUUUAAGUCAUGAUUAUUCAUUUAUCAUUUAACUAAAAUGACCUGCUUUACUG